AAUAGAACUGUAUUAUUAUUAUUGUAGAAGGGGGUAGUUGUGGACGUUCGUUUUGGAUGUAUGUUGUAUAUAUUUAAUACUUCAGUUAUAACGAUUUUGUCACUUUAAUAGAUUGGAAAAAUGGUGAGAAGUCAUAUGAAACUUUUGCUGUUAGAAGUUCUGCUGGUCUAUUUCUUCAGAAGUAAAACAUUAGCAAGCCAAGAAAUAAAAUGUCUAGUGUGUCAGACAAUGGUAGAUGAAAUAGUGAAAGCUAUAGAAUUGGAAGAUCCCAGAAAAACAAUUCAAGUUGGAAGUUUUAGAAUUCAGCCUGAUGAUUUUUGCCUACAUUCUUUUUUCUGUUUGGUUGAGGGAAGUUUUAAAAUUGAUGUACAGUAUGUAGCAUCUGAAACUCAUCUUCAUGAACUUUUUGAUAGUGUGUGUGAAAAAUUUGAUGAUUAUGCACAAGCAACACAUAAAGAAACCAAGGAACUCGCCUUGCUGAAUCUUUCAGAACAGAUUGCUUUGCUUAGUAACUAUGACAUUGUUCCUGAUCCUGAGUUAAACAAGAGUUUAAAGACUUCUUGUGAAAGUAUUAUUGGAGAUUUUGAAGAUGAUUUAAUGAUGUUGCUACACAAAGUGUCCAACCCAGACAGCUUCAAAACGAAAGUUAAUUUCUGUGGAAAGGUUACAGAACUUUGCAAGAACUUGAAGGACGAAGAAGUAACUGUACAAAAUGAUGAUUACGAUUUAGAAUCUCAUAUAGAAUUAUGAAGUAUUUACCAUUUUUACAAGAUUUUAAGGAAAAAGUCAAAUAUUAUUGCAUGAAAUUUUGGAUACUAUAACAUUAUAAAAACAAUGCGAAAUCUAAUUAAAGUAGACUUAAAUAUUUUGAAAAAGUUUGCUCAUCUAUAAGUUCAUGAUGUUAUAUACUAGAACAUAAAACUCAAUAUUGUGAUCACAUAAAAACUUGAUUCAUCAUAAUAAGAAAACAAUUAUUUUUUCAUUUGAGAUUUUGUUAAACUUUUGUAUAUUUCUUUAUUAUAAAAUGUAUUAAUUAAGUUAAAUUGUAGACUACAGCUAUAGCAUUGAUUCUUUUGUUUUUUAAUUUACCUACAAAUAAUUGAAGUU